AUGCUUAGGAACUUUAGCCAACUUUUGGGACGCCCUUUGAGGCCAUUAGCGGGCAUUUCUACUUCUAUUAAACCUUUGAACCUCGGUUUUGUUCGGAAGACACAUUCUGAAGUUGAAAAGAAGAGCAGUAAAGUGGACUUGACACCUUUGAAACUAGCCAAUGAACUAUACGCUAUAUUCAGAAUUCAUAACAGGCCAUACUUGGUGACAAAGGGAGACAAGGUGAUUCUUCCAUUCAAAUUGAAACAAGCAGAAGUGGGAGAUGUGCUGAAUUUGAACGAUGUGACCACGAUUGGAUCGCGUAACUUCAAGCUAGUAGACGAGCCUAUCGACACUGAACUAUAUACACUCAAGGCUACUGUGGUGGAAAAGACGAAACGUCCACUAAGAGUGAGAGAAGUGACAAAGAGAAGAAACAGAAAGGUACGUCAUGCAACGAAUAAGGCUGAUCUCACCGUCCUAAGAAUAUCCGAAUUGAAGGUCAAUUGA